AUGUUGAUUCCAAGAAGACAUGCCCGACUCACUGGCCCAUUUGGUAUCUACAUCAACCAUGUUUGGCAAUUCCGAAAUGGAAACUGGAUGGCGAUGCUGCUCUAUAGCACACCAAUGUUUGGCUACUAUGCUAGGAUGAUGGGUGCUGAAGUUGAUGGUGACCUCUGGUAUUAUGGAAACUCUCUCUAUGAGUUCACCAAGCUCCACUUUCAUGGUGGUACGAUUGUGGAUGAUUCCCAUAUUAGGGGUCACUACAUUGAUGGCAAUGGGUUGACUUUGAAGGAUACAUUUGUGUCAGGGGUGAUGCAUCCACGAUGCUACGCCUCUGCUGGAUCAGUGGUCUCUGGAGAAGAGAAUGGUCCAUGGAAAGUUUUCUUGAACAGUGGUGGCAAGGAAUAA